ACGUCGAUGUCUGAAUCUACGUCGUCGCAGCCGCCGGGUGACCCAGCGGCGUACAAUGAGGCCUACCUGGGCGCCUCCGGCGGAGGCGUCCGGUUCGCCCCGUUGGACCAGGAGCUCAUCGCCGGGUACCUCCAGCGGAAGCUGCGCGACGUGCCGCUCCCCACUGCCAACGUCGAGAUGAGCGACCAAGACGUCUACGCCGAGCACCCCAAGAAUCUCGUGCGCGAGCUGGACAAGAGCUUCGAGGGCAGGCGUUACUUGUUCUCGCCGCGGUGCCGCAUGCAAGUACCCAGGUGGGAUGCGGCCGAGGCGGAGCACGGGCGACAAAGCGGGGCUCUGGAAGUCGGUGGGCGCCAGGCAUGGUGCCGCGUCACAGGACGAGCGGCAGCAAGCGACUCCGGAAGCGGCGGAUACUGCUACCGCGUCACAAGUCGCAACACCAGUGCCGGGUGA